AUGGCAAAUCCAGGCAUACGGUACACGGCUCUCACUUCACGUCAACUGAGCGAACAGCCCGGUGGAGGCAACGAGAACAGUGCUUCCGGCAUCCCACUUCGCAGUGUAGGGACAUCUUCACACCUUCGACGGAAAGCUAUAGGGCGAUCCAGUGAGAGCGCAACCAUCACAGGAGAUCACAAUAUUGACUCGACCUCCAUCCCACCACGAGGCGAUCCACCGACAGGAUCCUUUGCGAGCGUUCCACAGUCCUCUCGCACAUCAGAAGCCGCGCACCUUUUGCCUAAUACCCCUCUCCUAGAGACUAUCCUGCAUGGAUCUCAGGAAGAUGCAACAUCAGGAGCACGGCGCAGCACCAGCUUCCUGCUGUGGGGUGGGGCGAAGCAGCCUGACCUGGCAGAAGAAGAAACGGCGGAGGAUGAUCUGCGGUUGAGCAAGACCUUCAAACAGAAAUAUCUAUCUGGUCGCACUGUCAGUCUUCGCUUCUUGGCGACUUGUGUGGCUAUCAUUCUGAUCCUCAACGUGGCCGUUCUGAUCUACUCAGCCAAGCGCGGACCCUCCAUUUCGGGCUCACUUCUGGUCGCGCAGGAUCAGUGCACCACUAUCAAAAAACUUGACGUGGGCCUUCAUGCACUCAUUAACAUGCUCGGUAUCCUUGCAUUGGCUGCUGUGGGUGGUUUCAUCACGGCCUUGUCAUCGCCCAGUCGAGAAGAUCUGGAUCGAGCACACCGAGUGGGCGCUUGGUUCGAUAUUGGCGUUCCAAGCAUCCGUAAUCUCAAAUACAUCGGUUGGAAACGCAAGUACAUGUGUAUAAUUAUCUACUUGCUGUCCUUUCCGAUACACAUCAUGUACAAUUCAGUCCUCUGGGUGAACUUGAAUUCUACAAGCUUCUACUACCUGAUCGUGUCGGACGACUUCCUAACUGGAGCAGCAUAUGACAUGACCAACAUACCUCUUCAAUACGUGGUAGAGCCCUCGAUCGAGCAGCCUGCAGCUGAUAAGAUCCAAAGUAUGCAGGCGCAUGCCUCAAGCUACGCUGUUCUCGACCCUGGAGACUGCAUCGACACGUAUUCGAAUAUUUACCCAUCCAAAUACUCGGAUCUCAUCAUGGUCAGCUCGCACGAGACUGUCACCAACUCCCUGCUUCUGUGGGACCUCUACCUGUCUUCCUCCUCCUCGUUCCUCUGCUCGCCUCCUGUCACCAACGAACACGAAGCCGAAGAUCUCUUCGACUACUCACCAGUCUGCGAUUUCGAUUCAAUCAAGAAAGAUCUUGGGAAUUGGACAACUUACGGCUACCACAUCAAAUACUGCCUUGCUCGGGAAGUCGAUCUGGACUGCUCUCUGAAUCUGGAUAUUGUCCUCAUGACGAUCAUGAUUGUGUGCAACGCUCUUUUGCUCGCUCUCAUGAUCUUCACUUUGACCGUUCUGUGGCCGAUCACACGCAGGACUCUUGCUGUCCAUGGAGAUGUCAUUGCAAGCUAUUUGCAGGCCGAAGACGAGUUCUCACACGGAAUGUGCAUGGCUGAAAAGAUGCGACUUGAAUACUUUUGGACCAAUCGCGGUAAACCCAUGCCCAUCUACGUUACUCCACGAAGAUGGUUCCAGUCCAUGAACAGAAGACGGCUUCUUAUUCUCAUCGGCAUCUUUAUUGGUGGCCUCGUGCUGGUUGGCAUCAUUACCGGAUAUGCACUCUAUAUUGUCCGUCAUGACCGCCGGCUUCCCAUCUCCUGGCGCAGUCUUUGGAACUUGGGGUUCGGAAGUACGACAGUAUCUGGCGAACUGGACAUGAACGAGAGUGGUUCCGUGACCUCGCUGGCAUUUGUUUCGAACAUCCCGCAAGUGUUCUUGGCCUUCAUCACGCUCGUCACGAAUGCAGCCAUGGUGGAAAUGACGCAAGCUGCUGACUACGCCCAAUUCGCCCCCAAGAGCCAGCGGCUCCGCGUCAGUGAGGCUGUUGGGUCCCAAGACGGGACAUAUCUGCUGGGCAUGCCCUACAACUACGCGAUCCCGACCAUCUCCAUCACGGCGCUCCUGCACUGGUGCGUCUCCCAGUCCAUCAUUCCCAUCAAAGUGACCGCCCCCAGCACAGACUCGCAGGCCCUGGACUUCGGCACGGCGGACCUGGUGUUCUCGCCGCUGGCAACCAUCGCAAGCGCCGUCAUGGGCGGCGUGCUCGUCAUCGCGACCCUCCUGCUGGGACUCCAGACGCUGAAGCCCCCGAUGCCGCUGGCGAGCAGCUGCAGUCUGGCAUUGAGCGCGGCGGUGCAUCCCUACGAGGAGAUUGUCGACCAAACCGCGAUCUACGUGCCGGUCAAGUGGGGUGUGGUUGAGUUCAAGGAUGGGCCAGAGGGCAGGAUCAGUCAUGCCUCGUUUGUAUCGAGUAGGCGGCCGUUGCUGAAGAUUGAUUCGACGGCGAAGUACAGGUGA